UGGAGGCGAGUGAAGAAGCGGUUAGGUGUCAUCUCUCUCUGUCUUAUCCCAUCUUCUCCGAUUUUUUGUUCUUACACCAUUCAACCAUUCCUCCUUCCUCCUUCUUACAAUUUUGACUCUUCUGUUUCACCUUCGUCCUCAUCCUCCCCUCUCUUCCCUUUCACUUUCUUCACUUUUCCGCCUUCAUCGCCUCUUGUUUUGUUGCCGCCCUUCCUUCUCCGUUUCAACAAUCAAAUUAGGGUUUUUAUUCGCGGAUUUAUCACCAUCGCGACACUAUGGUUAUGAUUCGUACUUGUAGGUUCGACCUCACGGCAUAAAAAGGUGCCUCUCGGGAUUUGAGCUUCCUAAAGCGUGGUAUGCUGUGCUUUCUUUUUUCCAAUUACAAUUUUCAAUAUUCCUUGUUGUUCAUGCUCCAAUUUCGAAGUGGUGUAGGAGUCCAAGAAUCCGGUAUUUCAGUAGGAUGAAAGGUUUUAGAGAUUGGGUUUUCUCUCAGAUACUGUCUAAAUCAUUGGUCUCAUCGACACCGAUAUCCGUCACAAGCAGUUUCUAUGAUGAAGGGAAUCGGGAUGAAGAAGAUAAUGAACAAGGCCACUCAUCUAGCUCUGUAGCAUCACCAACUUCUUCUGCAUCAGACCUUUCUUAUGAUAGUCAGAGCAAUCAGCGUAUUUCUACCUUGCCGCAAGUUUCAGAUACGGAAGUUUUUCAAUCUGAAGAUAAUGUCAACGGAAGAUGGAAGGAUAAUUUGGCAAAGGUUGAACAUCUCCAAAUUAAGUUCUUCCGUCUACUCCAGCGCCUUGGCCAAUCACAAGAAAACCUCAUGGUCCCAAAGGUCCUUUACCGGAUUCACUUGGCAACUUUAAUUCGUGCAGGGGAACCAGAUCUGAAAAGAGUUAACAUUAGUAGUCGUAGAGCCCGAGCAAUAGCAAUUCAACAGGAGGAAAAUGGUACACCCCAAUUGGAUUUCUCUUGCAGAAUACUUGUUGUAGGUAAAACAGGAGUUGGUAAAAGUGCUACUAUAAAUUCUAUAUUUGGUCAAGCAAAAACCACCACUGAUGCUUUCCGACCUGCUACCAAUUGCAUCCAAGAAGUUGUGGGAACUGUCAAUGGUCUUAACCUAACAUUUAUUGAUACCCCUGGUUUCCUGCCUUCCUCUAUGAGUAAUGUGAAGAGAAAUAAGAGGAUCAUGCUUUCUAUUAAGAGAUUCAUAAGAAAGUCCCCUCCAGACAUUGUUUUGUACUUUGAGCGACUUGAUUUGAUGAAUUCUGCCAAUAGUGACUUGCCGCUUUUGAAGCUUAUGACUGAAGUAUUUGGUACAGAAAUCUGGUUUAACACCAUCGUAGUCAUGACUCAUUCUUCCUCACCUAUUCCUGAAGGACCUAAUGGGUAUGCUGUUAAUUAUGAGUCAUAUACUUCUCAUUGUACCAAUUUAAUGCAGCACUAUAUACAUCAGGCAGUGUGCGAUUCAAGGCUAGAAAACCCAGUACUUUUGGUUGAAAACCACCCUCUGGUUUGGAGAUCUCAGCUCUUGUUAUUUUGCAUUUGUACCAAAGUUUUGGGUGAUGUCAAUUCCAUCCUGAAGUUUCAGAACAGUGUAGAACUGGGACCUGCAAGUAGUGCCCGAGUUCCUUCACUACCCCAUCUCCUUUCAACUCUUUUGCACCAACGUCCUGUAUCCAAUCCAAGUGGAAUUGAUGAUGAAGUUGAGGAAAUAUUACUCUCAGACAUGGAAGAAGAAGAUGAGUAUGAUACACUUCCAUCAAUUCGAAUAUUGACAAAAUCACAGUUUGAAAAAUUAUCCAAGUCCCAGAAAAAAGAUUAUCUGGAUGAGAUGGAUUACCGGGAGACUCUCUACUUAAAGAAACAGUUGAAAGAAGACUACCGUAGGCGUAAAGAGAAGUUACUCCUGAAUGAGCAACAACUUUUGAAUAGUGAUAAUUCUGAUGAUCAGCAAGCUCCUCCAGAGCCUGUUCUGUUACCAGACAUGGCUGUUCCUCCAAGUUUUGACUCAGAUUGCCCUACACAUAGGUAUCGUUGCUUUGUUGCUGAUGACCAGUGGCUUGUGAGACCUGUUCUUGAUCCACAAGGAUGGGAUCAUGAUGUGGGGUUCGAUGGUAUAAACUUGGAGACAACCACAGAAAUAAAGAAGAAUGUUUAUGCCAUGAUUGUGGGACAGAUGAAUAAGGAUAAGCAUGACUUUGGUAUUCAGUCUGAGUGUUCUGCUGCUUAUGUUGAUCCCAUAGGUCCAACUUAUUCUGCGAGUCUUGAUGUUCAGUCAGCAGGCAAAGAUCUGAUAUGUACGGUUCGUAGCAACACAAAAUUGAGAAUCGUAAAGCACAAUAUUACUGACUGUGGUGUUUCUUUGAUGUCCUUUGCAAAGAAGUAUUAUGUGGGUGCAAAGCUUCAGGAUACUUUGUUAGUUGGGAAUAUAUUAAAAUUUGUCAUGAAUGCAGGCUUAAUGGAGGGUUCUCGCCAGGUGGCGUAUGGUGGGAGUUUCGAAGCUGCCAUACGAGGGGGAGAUUAUCCUGUAAGAAAUGACAAUUUAAGUCUAACGGCAACUGUCCUUUCCUUUAACAAAGAGACUGUAUUGAGUGGAAGUUUACAAGCUGACUUGAGGCUGAGUAGAAGCUCGAGAGCAACUGUUAGUGCUAAUUUAAAUAGUCGCGGAAUGGGGAAAAUAUGCAUUAAGACAAGUAGCUCUGAGAAUUUACAAAUUGCUUUGGUUGCUGUUUUCUCAGUUCUGAAGGCCCUAUCACGUAGAAGGGGAGCUAACUACACGGGGAAGGAUAUGAGAGACUAGUUUCUGUUUGUUUAUUGGUACCCUCUUCUUGUGUUCAUAGAAGUAGAGGUGUUGAAGCUGUCCACAUGCCAAAUAUCACGUAGAAGACAGAAGACUGUUGGUUAGAAUCGGAUGUUUUUGAAGAGUUUAGCUGGAGUUUUCUUUUUGUUGAUACUUGAGGUGCAUAUUGCCUGUUUUUGGAAGUCUCUUAUAGGUAAGGCUGGCCUCUUAGAACCUAUUUAUUUCUGUAGAUU